GGGGGCCAUUCUGUGUGGUCAGACGGUGUGUUACGACAGGAUGAUAAUGUUGUUUGUUUGUUCGUUUGUUGUUUAGGGGGGCAUUCUCUGUGGUCAGACGGUGUGUGAAGAUUUCCACGGGGCAGGACUAUGCAGCCAAAGUCAUCAACACCAUGAAGCUGUCGGCUCGCGAUCACCAGAAGUUGGAGCGAGAGGCCCGAAUCUGCCGCCUCCUCAAACAUCCCAACGUUGUCCGUCUCCAUGACAGCAUAUCUGAUGAAGGCUUCCACUACCUGCUCUUUGAUUUAGUCACGGGCGGCGAAUUGUUUGAGGACAUUGUUGCCAGAGAGUACUACAGUGAAGCCGAUGCCAGUCACUGCAUCCAGCAGAUCCUUGAGGCCGUGCUACACUGCCACCAGAUGGGUGUGGUCCACCGCGACCUGAAGCCGGAGAAUUUGCUCCUUGCCAGCAAACUGAAGGGGGCGGCCGUCAAACUGGCAGACUUUGGCCUCGCCAUCGAGGUGCAGGGCGACCAGCCGGCAUGGUUUGGCUUUGCGGGAACCCCUGGGUACUUGUCUCCUGAGGUCCUGAGGAAGGACCCGUAUGGAAAGCCAGUGGACAUGUGGGCCUGUGGUGUGAUCCUGUACAUCCUUUUGGUGGGUUACCCUCCUUUCUGGGAUGAGGAUCAGCACCGACUGUACCAGCAGAUUAAGGCCGGGGCCUACGAUUUCCCGUCUCCAGAGUGGGACACGGUGACUCCAGAGGCCAAAGACCUGAUAAACAAAAUGCUGACCAUAAACCCAGCCAAGAGGGUCACUGCCACAGACGCCCUCAAGCACCCGUGGAUCUGCCAACGCUCCACCGUGGCGUCCAUGAUGCACAGACAGGAAACUGUGGAGUGCCUGAAGAAGUUCAACGCCAGAAGAAAACUCAAGGGUGCCAUACUGACGACGAUGCUCGCCACUCGAAAUUUCUCAGCAGCCAAGAGCCUGAUGAACAAAAAGCCAGAUGGUGUCAAAGAAUCCAGUGAGAGCACCAACACCACCAUCGAGGAUGAAGACGUGAGAGGUAGUAAACAGGAAAUCAUCAAAGUCACAGAGCAGCUGAUCGAGGCCAUCAACAACGGCGACUUUGAAGCCUACACGAAGAUCUGUGACCCGGGACUCACCUCGUUCGAACCUGAGGCUUUGGGCAACUUGGUGGAGGGAACUGACUUCCACCGCUUCUACUUUGAGAACGCUCUGUGCAAGGGGAAGCAGCCCAUCCACACCAUCCUGCUCAACCCGCACGUCCACCUGAUCGGCGACGAGGCCGCCUGCAUCGCCUACAUCCGCCUCACGCAGUACAUCGAUGGCGGCGGCGUGCCCCGCACCAUGCAGUCUGAAGAGACCCGCAUCUGGCACCGGCGGGACAGCAAGUGGCAGAACAUCCACUUCCACCGCUCCGGCUCGCACACCGUGCCCACCAAUUGAGAGGAUGACCUUUGACCCUGUCCCGCUGACCUGCCAAACAUCCAUCAAAGUCCUCGGCAAAUCCCUGACCUCCAGAGCUCCGCCCCCUUGGUGUGACGGUUACAUGUUCUCGCUGUUGGACUGCAGAUUUUAAAGUAGAGCGUCAGGUUUGUUGUAGCUGUAGUGACCUUUGACCUCCCCAUCAGCGGCACACCGUGAGGCCAGAGGUCUCUUUUACUUCAGUCGAUGUUUUACUUUGUCAUUUUUAACCUGUUUCUAUUCAGAACUGCUUCACUGUUUUUGUCAACUUUAUCCCCCGCUCAUCACCAUGGUAACAGUGCUGAUCAUCACCGUGGCAACGUGUCAGGAAACCAUGUGAUGCAGCUGUUACCAUGGAGACGGAUGCUGCCGCUCAGGCAGAGUUAAAUCUGUGUGUGAUGCAAAAAGAGAAAUAAAAAGUGCGGCACAGUAACAACUAACAGAGCACUAAUAACCUGCUAACUAAUCCUAACCCUGCCUGCAGUUUAAUCUGGGUUUUUAUCACUUUAUGAUUAAAGAUCUGUCUGUUGCCAUGACUAUGUGAUUUGUUAGUGAAACGUCAAUAAAAUGUGAUUU